AUGGGCGGGUGGCGGGAUAUGUCCGCGGAGGCGCUGGAGGACCAUUACUCUCCCAGUCGCUGGUCCCCCCGCCUGGACCGGGACACCAUCAUCGACGCGCACCUCGCGGUGACGGCGGCAGGAACCGAACGGGCCCGGGCCAGCGCGCAGACCUUGCUGCACGUUCCCUACGGCAACGGGGACCGGGAGAAGCUGGACAUCUAUUUUCCCACGGACCCUUCUGAAACAUUCCUGGCUCUGGUCUACAUCCACGGCGGAUACUGGCAGUGCUUGAGUAAGGACGAUUCGGGGUUUGCAGCCCUCCCGCUGGUGUCGCAGGGGGUGGCAGUGGUGGCGGUGGGAUACGACAUAGCCCCUAAAGGCCACAUGGACGCCAUGGUGCUGCAGGUGCGCCGCAGCCUCGUCUUCCUGGUGGAGCAGUACCCCAGGAUCAGAGGCAUUUACUUGUGCGGACACUCAGCAGGGGCCCACCUGGCAGCCAUGGUGCUGUCCACAGACUGGACAGAAUUCCAAGUGGUGCCAGAUAUCAAAGGAGCGGUGCUGGUGAGCGGCGUGUAUGACCUGGAGCCCAUCCUGCACACCUACGUGAAUGAUGCCCUGGACAUGAGCUGGGAGGUGGCCCAGAGGAACAGCCCCAUGAGACACAUCCCCCCAGCAGUGCCAGCAGCCUGUGAGGUGCUCGUGGCUGUGGCCCAGCAUGACUCCCCAGAGUUUCGAAGGCAAUCACAGGAGUACAGCCAGGCCCUGCGUGCAGCAGGCUGGUCUGUCUCUCUGCUGGAUCUGGCUGGUGUGGAUCACUUUGAUGUCAUUGAGAAGCUGUCAGAGGACAACUAUGUCCUCACUCAGGUGAUUCUCAACAUGAUUUCAAGAGCAUGACAGGAUGUCAGGAGAAAACACACAGGGACUAUGGCCUUGUGUGGUAGCAACAGGCAUCUGGCAUCCCUCUGCCUGCUGCCUCCUUGGUGUAACACUGGGUGACCACUCUCCCAGACCCCCACCAUACCCUCUCUGCUCAGCCCAGCCUAGGCUGGUGCCCCUUCCCUGGGGUGCUCCUGCCCACUGGAGUGCAGGGGACUGAGGGCUGCAAGGCUCUGUCUGGGCAGCUGGAUCAUGAAGUUUGUUCCCUCAGUGUCCUUUAAACUGCACACUGACAGUACAAAAUAAAAUGGGAAUUACUGCUGCCUGGGGUAGUACUUCCCAGGGAGCCAGUGA